AACAUUAGACACUUUCACGUUUUUAACAGGAUCAUCAUUCAUAAAACUAUCAAAACUGUAACGUUAUGGAAUAAAAUGUGACUCAUGAAGAGGUAAUAAUGACUGUCAAUCUUUGAGGUGUUGAUUGACUCAUCUACGUUUUGAUCAUCACUCUGAAUCCAAACAGCAGAUUGCUGGAGCUCAAACAGUGAAAAUGGCUUCGCUAUCUGAAGAUGAUUUUUCUUGUCCCGUGUGUCGUGACGUCUUCAAGGAUCCUGUUGUUUUAUCAUGCAGUCACAGUGUCUGUAAAGAGUGUCUUCAACAGUUCUGGAGAAUCAAGGAAACUCAGGAGUGUCCUGUCUGCAGGAGUAGGUCCUCAGAACAUCGCCCUACAUGUAAUCUCGUGUUAAAAAACUUGUGUGAGUCGUUCCUGAAGCAAAUAAAGGAGAGGCGUUUAUCAGGAUCUGAGGAGAUCUGCAGUUUACACAGUGAGGAACUCAAACUCUUCUGUCUGGAGGACAAACAGCCGCUGUGUUUAGUGUGUAGAGAUUCAGAACAACACGACAAUCACAAAUUCAGACCCAUCAGUGAAGCGGUUUCAUCAUAUAAGGAGGAACUCAAUACAGCAUUGAACUCAUUACAGGAAAAACUAAAACACAAAGAAGAAAUGAAAGGAAAGUUUGAGAGAACAGUUCAACACAUCAAGUCUCAAGCUGAGCACACAGAGCGUCAGAUUAAACAGCAGUUUGAGAGGCUUCAUCAGUUUCUCAGAAAUGAAGAAAAAGCUACAAUCACUGCACUGAAGGAGGAAGAGGAGCAGAAGAAGCAGAUGAUGGAGGAGAAGCUGGAGGAGAUCAACAGACACAUCUCAGCUCUUUCACACACAAUCAAAGACACGGAGGAGAUGAUGAAAGCCAGUGAUGUCUGCUUUCUAAAGGAGUUUCCAGUCUCAAUGGAAAGAGUCCAGAUCUCACAGCCGGAUCCACAGACGCCUUCUGGAGCUUUGAUUCAUGUGCCACGUUACUUGGGCAACCUGCCGUUCAGAGUUUGGAAGAAGAUGCAAGACAUCGUCAAGAACACUCCUGUGAUUCUGGAUCCAAACACUGCAAGUCCAUAUCUCACCGUGUCUGAUGAUCUGACCAGUGUGAGAUACAGCGGCUGUCGAUAUGUUCCUGAUAAUCCAGAGAGAUUUGACAUGUGCCUCUGUGUUCUGGGUUCAGAGGGUUUUAACUCAGGAACACACUGCUGGGAUGUGGAGGUUAAACAGAGUAUAUACUGGAGUCUUGGAGUAACUACAGCAUCAAACCAGAGGAAGAAGUUUGAUCCCUUUAAGGAUUGUGUCUGGGGUUUGGAGUAUGAUGAUGAAGAUGAACUGUCUGAAUCAUUUGGUUUUCUUGUUAAACAGAAGCUUGAUCGUGUGAGAGUGAAUCUGGACUAUGACGGAGGAACAGUGUCAUUCUCUGAUCCUUUAACUAACACACAUCUACACACAUUCACAACCACCUUCACUCACACACUCUUUCCAUACUUCUGGUGUUAUAAUGAUUAUUCUUCCACUCUUAGGAUCUUAGCAGUCAAUAGUCAGUAAUCAUUUCUCCUGUAAAUCUGAAUCUUCCUGCUUUUAUCUUUCAUCGUAUUUCAAUAUUUAAUCCAGAUCACACAAGAGACUGUUGAUCUGAAUAUCAGGCUUUAAUUACAUUAUUA